CAAGUAAUGGAAUUCAUCAAGGCUCUCUUCAGCACAGCACUGCAUCAUUUCAUCCACAGAGACUUCCAUGAGAUCGUUGCCCGGAUGACUCUCAUUGAUAAAUUUCUCUUCCUGUUUGUACACUCCAUUGAUAAGUUGGGGAUAUGGCCGCAUUUACCAGUGUUUUUAGGUCUAUUUUAUCUGGGAACACGGCGACAUCUUCACCAGGAGUACAACUUAUUUAAUGUUGGUAGAACUCCGGUUGGCGUUCGGUUUAAUCCUGCUGAUUUUCCUUACAGAACUGCAGAUGGAAAAUAUAAUGAUCCCUUCAAUGAAGCUAGCGAAGCUACUUUUUUCGGCAGGAAUAUUCUCCCUGUUGAUCAAGAAAACAAGAUGUUACUGAAACCAGAUCCGAUGGUGGUAGCUACAAAACUUUUAGUACGAAGAAGUUUUGUAGACACUGGAAAGCAAUUUAACAUGAUAGCAGCCUCUUGGUUUCAGUUUAUGAUACAUGACUGGGUUGACCACUUGGAGGCCACCAAUCAGGUAAAUAGCAAUAGAUGUGCUAAUUUUUUAGCUAACCUCAGUUUCAGUUUUUAUCCUAAACUUUAAGUCCUCAAGUAUGCUACUUUUGGUAUUGAUAGACUCCUUAGGAAUGAUGCUUCAGGGAUGUUUUCAUCNACCCAGCAUCAACAUCCAUGAAGGUAUGGAAGUGCUUUAUAUGGAAGCACCGCCGAGAUCUUGCAGAAAGUGAGGACAUUUAAAGACGGGAAGCUUAAAAUAUCAAAAGAUGGCCUGCUCCUUCAUGACGAAAAUGGAAAUGCUUUGACAGGAGAUGCUCGUAAUUCUUGGGCAGGUGUCUCAACAUUACAGGCCCUUUUCGUUCAAGAACACAAUGCAGUUUGUGACGCCCUCAAGAAAGAAUAUCAGGAUUUGGGGGACGAAGAACUAUAUCGUCACGCAAGGCUAGUGACUUCAGCUGUGAUUGCAAAGAUUCAUACCAUUGAUUGGACGGUCGAGCUCCUCAAAACUGCUACUCUACUUGCAGGGAUGCGUGCCAACUGGUAUGGAUUGUUAGGUAAGAAAUUCAAGGACACAUUUGGGCAUGUUGGAGGAGGAGUCCUAUUAAGUGGUUUGGUUGGUUUAAAGAAGCCAGAAAAUCAUGGCGUCCCAUAUUCUUUAACGGAGGAGUUCGUCGGCGUUUAUCGGAUGCACUCACUGAUGCCCGAUCACCUUCAUCUCAGAGAUAUCACAGCUGCACCAGGACCCAACAAGUCUCCACCUUUGACCCAAAAGGUGCCAAUGCAAAGUUUAAUCGGGCACAACGGAGAAAAUUCGUUGUCAGAAAUUGGAUUUGAAAGGCAAAUGGUUUCAAUGGGUCACCAAGCUUGCGGUGCCUUACAGCUUUGGAACUAUCCUGUAUGGAUGAGGGACCUUGUAGCACAAAAUGUGGAUGGCACAGAUAGGCCAAAUCAUGUGGACAUGCCAGCUCUGGAAGUUUAUAGAGACAGGGAGAGAAAAAUUGCACGUUAUAAUCAGUUCCGCAGGGCGCUACUUCUGAUUCCUAUAUCUAAAUGGGAAGAUCUAACAGAUGAUAAAGAAGCGAUUAAAGUGCUCAAAGAAGUUUAUGGUGAUGCUGUUGAACAGCUUGAUCUUCUAGUCGGACUCAUGGCAGAGAAAAAGAUCAAGGGUUUCGCUAUUAGUGAAACAGCUUUUAUAAUUUUCCUGGUGAUGGCAACCAGGAGACUUGAAGCUGACAGGUUUUUUACAAGCAAUUUCAAUGAGGAGACAUACACAAAGAAAGGAUUCCACUGGGUGAAUACUACAGAGAGCCUUAAAGAUGUAUUAGACCGCCAUUACCCGAAAAUGACAGAGAAAUGGAUGAACUCAACGAGUGCAUUUUCUGUUUGGGACUCACCUCCAAAUGCCCGUAACCCCAUCCCUCUCUACCUUCGAGUUCCAAUGUGAAACUCUAGCAUCUCACGUGCGUAAUACGUACUAAAUAAAUUUAUUGGGCCAAUGGGCCCAAGUGAACUUACGACAUGACUCUUC